GGCCAAUCUGCAGACUACACAACUGCAGCACUACUGGUUGUCACAGCUUGCACGAAUAUGGUAUAGGGUGAUUGAUUGUUUGUUGUGAAAGCGAGCGAGAAUUUUGUUACGUUACGCCUGUCAUUCAGCUGCAUUCGGCAUGUUGACGUCUGUACGUCGAGCUUGCGGGCUCUUCACUCCAAGAAACAUAAGGGGAGUUCAAACAACAGCGAAUCGCGGGUCAGAUCAGCUGUUUGUACAUAGAGACAGUGAGCAUGACAAUCCUAAUAUACCAUUUGAGUUCAAUGAGGCAAAUAAAAAGCGUAUUAAAGCACUUCUUGCAAUUUAUCCUGAAGGCCAUAAGCGUGGUGCUAUGAUACCUCUGUUAGAUCUGGCUCAACGGCAACAUGGUUGGUUGCCUAUCUCUGCCAUGCAUAAAGUUGCUGAGAUACUGGAGGUGCCACGUAUGAGAGUGUAUGAAGUAGCCACAUUCUACACAAUGUUCAAUCGCAGGCCCAUGGGCAAGUAUCAUGUACAGAUAUGCACCUGUACUCCUUGUUGGUUGAGAGAUUCUGAUUCGAUAGUCAAUGCCGUGACGAAGGCUACAAACUGCGAAAUCGGCAGCACUUCUGCAGACAAGCUGUUUACCAUUUCAGAGGUGGAGUGUUUAGGCGCUUGCGCCAAUGCUCCGAUGUUCCAAGUAAACGAUGAUUAUUAUGAAGAUUUGACUCCGGAAACUGCGACAGCUAUAAUAAAUGCGUUUAAGAAGGGUGAGAGACCUGCGCCAGGUCCACAAAAGUCUCCGAGAUUUGCAGCUGAUCCUGCUGGUGGAUUAACAUCAUUAACUACUCCACCACCAGGUCCUGGAUUUGGAAUUAGGUCGGAUUUGUAAAAUAUGUGUUUUUAAUAGGACUGUAGUACCCAUUAAAAAAUGUAAAAAAAAGUUAUUAAUAAACCAAAUAAUCGAUUAUA